AUGAUCAUGGAUUCUUAUUCUAUUGGCGUACUGGCCUACUUCAAGUCUUCAAGCACAAGUACAAGUUGUAAGUUCUCAACGGUUGAUGAAUUAAUAUCUGUAUCGCUUGAAUUCCCAGAUCCAUUAUAUCUCAUCAACUUCCAGAUCAAGCCCUUGUUAUCACCUGGAACGGAUAUACCCUUGAUCAUACUAGCAAUCCAUGCGAUAUUAUCUUGGAAGUUGGUUGUAUAUAUUAUUAGCUCUCGUGCUUUAGGUUUAAACUUUGGAACGGUUAAAGCUAUUUUACAACCAGUUCAUGAUCCAUGGUAA